AUGACCGACUGGAUCGAGCAGUACUCCGCUGCUCUAGACGCCAGAGAUGCCCGCGAACAGCUUCACAAGCCGUACAUAGAUGCUUACACCCGAGUCGCAGACCGCGCCGCCGCAGCUCGACGAGAAUACGAAUCCGCAUCCAAAAAGCCGGCCUCACCUCUCCCUCUCGAUCACACCGCAACCCCCUCAAAACGCGGCUUCACCACUACCAAAUCUCCUCCGCUCCCAUCUCAAGACCCUUCCGACCUCCUCACCGCUCUACGAACAGACCUCUCCAACACCCAACGCGCUCGCUCCGUCCUCCAAUCCCAAGUCACAGACCUCACGUCCCAACUGUCUGUCGUGCAAGCUUCCGAAAAGCGAUCCUCUGCACAGAUGGCAUGGCUGCAAAAGCAGAAAUUGGAGAUUGAGAGGAAAUUGAGGGAUCGGGAAGAAGAGAUUCGUGGGAAGGCGAAGUUGGUUGAGGAGGCGCAGGAUGAAAUGGUUAGUUUGCAGUUGCAGUUGAAUUUGGCGGAGCGCAGGAGGGAGGAGGUUGAGGUUGAGAAUCGGGAGUUGGUGGAGAGGUGGAUGAAGAGGAUGGGGGAGGAGGUUGAGAGAGUUAACCGGGGGAGUGGAUGGGAGUAG